GAGAGUGAAAACCUAUCUGUGGAAAAUUGGGAGGAAAUAGCCUUCCCGGGAUCAGCGCGUCGUAUAGAGUUACAGUCGAAGCCCCUCCCCCUGUCUGGCUUUUUUCACAACCUCUCAUUUGCCUUACCGAAAAGGCUCACUCCAACUAGCGUUCAGACCGUGGAGAAAUACUAGGCAGAAGAUGGCUGACUCAACCGGGCAUCGCGAGCCCGCAACAGCAGCAUCAACUUCACCGGGGCUCUUCUCGCGCCUGACACUCGCCGUUCUGCAACUCUGAAACGGCCCCGCCUCAGACACGCUCCGAUUUUCUACCCCACCGUAAAUAUUGACAAAUAUAUUGUAAGAAAUGGCAGAGAUGGAGAAAGAAGGUAGACCCCCAGAAAAUAAAAGAAGCCGAAAACCAGCGCACCCCGUGAAACGGGAAAUUAACGAGGAGAUGAAGGUGCGGGCCGAGCGGGCCCACCCCUGGGCGGGCGAGGCGGGUGAUCUCCAUGGCAACCCGCCCUACUCCAUGAGUUUUGCCGAGAACACGAUGAAUGAGCUUUUGGGCUGGUAUGGUUAUGACAAGGUGGAGCUCAGAGACUCUGACGACAUCGACAUCCGGAAUUAUCCGGAUGGGGAGGUUCGGCAGCACAUCUCAGUGGUGAAAGAAAAUUCUUUGCCAAAAGCCUCAGCAUUGGAGAACAGCACCGGUUCACCACCCCAUGCCAACAGCUCUCGCUCCACACCUACCCCUCGGAAUGGAGUGACAUCAGAGCCCUCCUCCACCCCCUCCACCUCCACUCCCAGCACAAAGGAUCAUGGGAGUAUGCCUAUCAUAGUCCCCCUUAUACCACCUCCAGUGAUCAAACCGCCAGCUGAGGAGGACGUGUCAAACGUCCAGAUCAUGUGUGCGUGGUGCCAGAAGGUGGGUGUGAAGCGCUACUCUCUCUGCAUGGGCAGCGAGCUCAAGAGCUUCUGCAGUGAGAAGUGCUUCGCCGCCUGUCGCCGGGCCUACUUCAAACGCAACAAGCUUGGAUAUAUAAGGAAUUGCGCUGCGAGAGACGAAGACGGCCACGGCGAAAAAUUACCCCACCACAGCUAUUCUAAGGAAACUCCCAGGCUUGUCUUCAAGACAAACAGCGAUGUCCUUGUGUGUGACUGGUGCAAGCACAUUCGCCACACUAAGGAGUACCUGGACUUUGGUGCCGGCGAGAGACGUCUGCAGUUUUGCAGUGCCAAAUGCCUGAACCAGUACAAGAUGGACAUCUUCUACAAGGAGACCCAGGCUGCCCUGCCGGGGGCCCUGUGCAACCCGCCCCACUCUGCCAUGGAGGGCAAGAGUGAGGGUGCCACCGGGGUGCAGCUCCUGACCCCCGAGUCCUGGAGCACGCCUCUCAGUGAGUUGCGGCGCAAGGCCCCAUCACCAGGGGGCGCCACGUCCACCGCCGGGCCCUCCGUCUCCACAUCGUGUUCCCCCUCCGAACACGGCGUCGUUUGUUCCUCCGUGUCGUCCUCCUCGUCCUCCUCGUCGUCCUCAGCAAAGAUUCCCACGCCGCGGCCGCCCCACGAAAGCCCCACGGCGCCCCCGCCUCCGCCGCCUGUGCCUGGCCUCCACCCGGCCCUCGGGAUGCCCCCCGGCAGCCCCCCCAUGGUGAUGACGCCCCGCGGACCGGUCCCCCUGCCCCUGUUCAUGGAGCACCAGAUGAUGCAGCAGAUGCGGCCGCCCUUCCUGAGGCCCCCCCACACGCCCGGGCCAAACAGCCCGCUGUCCAAUCCCAUGAUCCCCGGCAUGACGGGCGGCGCGCCCUCUCGUAGCCUCGGCCCCCCUUCCAGUCCCAUGCACCGGCCCCUGCUGUCCCCCCACAUGCACCCGUCCUCCACGGGCUCGCUGGGUGGAGGGAACCCGCCCGGGAUGAUGCCUCCUCACCCUGGCGCCCACAUGCCCGGCCUGCCCUUCCCUCCAGUCAACAUGAUGCCAGGCGGUCCACUGCCACACAUGCCACCCAUGAUGAACUUCGGCUUGCCUUCGCUGGCACCGCUGGUGCCACCGCCCACACUACUGGUGCCGUACCCGGUGAUCGUACCUCUACCCGUGCCUAUACCCAUCCCCGUACCCAUCCCAUACAGCCCCAAGGCCUCCGAGGACCGGCCUGGCAACGACGGCACGGUGCCCAGCAGACCGGCGUCAGGGCCUGCGGGGGACUCCAAAGACCCACGGCCCUUCACCCCCAGCUCCUCCAGGAGGGAGGGCGGGGAGUCCAAGAAGGGCUCCCCCAGCACGGACACUCUCUCGCUGGGCUACUCGGGCUACGCGCUGGGCCCCGAGAGGAGCAGGCCAGGAGUGGUGGAUCUGACGGUGAAGGCAGAGAGUCCCAGCAGCGGCGCGGGCAGCCUCAGUAGCGGCAGCGGUCACUCUCAUCGCUCUCUCUGCAGCUCGCCCGCCGCUCCGCCGACGGAGGGGGUGAUCGACUUGACCACCGGCCGCCGCUCUCGACAGCAGCUGGUGAUCCAGAGGGCAGUGCCCAGUGUGGAGGUGAAGGUGGAGGCUGACGGCGGUCAGCCAAUGCCAGGUGAGGGAGAGGCCGGCCGGCAGGAGCCAAGCAGCAACGCCACAGGCCGUGGUGCGGAGGAGAGCGAGCGAGAAGCGGGCAGCGCUCUGGACUCAGUGGCCCUACCCUGCGCCGACCCCUCCUUCUGUGGCGCCACGCCCCCUCUCGCCCAGCCUAUCACGUGCAGCGUCCCUGCGCUCCCCGCCCUGGCUACUCCGUCAGCCGCCGCUGCUGCAGCGGAGCUGGGCUCGGCCGCACCGUGCAAUGUGAUCGUGAACGGAGGUAGCGGCGCGCCAAUCCUGGAGCCCGCGCGACCCCGGAUGCCCGCGGCCGACCAGCGGCCCCUGCCGGCCGAGCAGGCCUCCGCCGAGCUGCUGGAGCGCGAGGAGCUGAAGGAGAACAGCUGCGCAGCCGCCGCCGAGUGGGACGCAGGUAAGAGGGGCGCUGCCGCCGCUGUCGCUGCCGUCAACAACAACAACAACGCGGAGGAGGCGGGGGGCGCCGGGGGCCCCGGGGAGCCCAGCUUGGCCGACCCCGGGGCCGUGCCCGAUGAGGACCACGCGUACGCGCUGCCCCUGUUGCCCAAGGCUGGCUGCGUGAUCCAGCCCGUGCCAAAGCCGGCCGAUAAGACGGCCACCAUCUUGCCCUGCGGCCUGGCCCCCCCGCUGACCGCCACGGGCCCCCCAGAGAUGGAGCCGCCCUUGAAGAGGAGGUGCCUGCGCAUCCGCAAUCAGAACAAGUGAGAGGAGCCGCACAGCUCUGACAGAUGGCAGCCAACAGUCGACAUGAUGAAGAAAGUCCCUUGAGCAGCCACCAGCCACUUGCCCCUCGCCAUAACAACCAGCCAUCAAUCAACCCUCCUCCACCACCACCACCACCACCACCACCAUCACCACCACCUCCACCUCCACACACAGCUGCCUAUAGUGGGCUCCUCGACUGGCUCACCACCACGCACCAGUCUCUGCCCCAGACUGACAGCAUACUGUCGCUAAUGACACGGAGCCUUCACCCAAGGGCCCCGUACGGGCCACCAAAACCCCCUCUUCUCACAUUUCUCGCAUUAGAGACAUUCCUGUCAUGAGGUGUCACCCCCCUCUCCGUAACCCCUCACCUGAGAGGUGAUCCUCCGUGGACAGAGAGCUGACGGAGUCCCAGACCACACAGCUGGAGGACUGUGAUGUGCUAAAGUAGCCUCUGCUCAGGCCUGCACUCCUCACCUGCAAUCUCAGCCUCACUGGAACACUGAUGUUGGACGACAUUUUAACUGUAUCUGAAAAAUAAGGCUGUGUGUGUGUGUGUGUGUGUGUGUGUGUGUGUGUGUGUGUGUGUGUGUGUGUGUAUGUACGUCCAGUGAAACCCAGUGCGCUGAGGCUGUCAUCAGUGGCUAGGCCUCAUAGAGGCUCCUGCUGGGGAAGGAGUCGGUGGAGAUUUGCUGUACUGCACUGUGGACUGACCGGGUGCCAGGACAACAUGGUCAGACGUCUGUGCCUCACAGACCCCCAUCCCUCCCCUCUCUCUCUUUCUCUCUCUCUCUUCUGCUCUUUCUCCCUCUUUUUCUCUCUCCCUCGGUUUUUAACCCCACUUCCCCACACCUUUCGACCUCUCUCUCGGCCCCUACUGCAAGCAGCUGAUGUUUAUGAAUUGGCCCAACUGAAAAAAAGACGAAGAUGUUUAAAAAAAGAGAGAGGAACUCCUGGAAGGUGUAAAACAAUCAUGGGGGAAUGUUUUUCUUGCUUAAAAAAAUGAGAAGGUGAAGACGAGGAGAUGAAAUUUCAUCCUCAUGUCCUGUCAGUGUUUUUCCUCCGACUGAGUGACAAGGGGGAGCUAGGGACUCUCUCUCUCUCUCUCUCUCUCUCUCUCUCUCCCUCUCUCUCUCUCUCCUCCGUAUGGACAGAACCAGAAGAAGAAAGUGGAGGUUGAGAAAGGGGAAAAUGGAGUGUGUUGGACUGUUUCUUUUUUUUAUUUCUUCAUCAUCUCCUUUUUUUUGUACAUGAUUUUCAAGCAGCGAGAGGAUGUGCAAUGGAGUAUAUGCUCACUGAUUCAUGGACAAACAGGGUAGAGACCUCACCAGCAUAAACCUGGGCUUUGGGGGACGUGGGGGCCAAAUCCUGCCACUGGCCACCCCUGGGUAGCAGUUCCGGUUCCAUUCCACAGUUUAUGCAGCAGCAGGUUGUUGUGCCAGCCAGCCUACACCAACUAAUCCCAGACCAUCCUAGUGCCAUCAUCGUGUUCAGACUAUGUGUGGAGUGCGUGUGUGUGUGUGGAGAGGCCCUGCAGCAAGCUGGACUUUUUUUGGAGGACUGAUCCAAUCAGAACUUAUUGCUGUUUUAGUCAUGAAAACUAGCCACCAAUCAGGGCCUCUGAUUGCUCCAAUUUUUUGAUGUUGUUGAAGUUUAAGUCAAGACUGGACAGGGUUGAUGAGUCUCGUUCUUCAUUCAUCAGUGAGUCCCAUGUACAGGGGUCCUGAGACCUGUGUCUAUGUCCGUGAGAAGUGUGUAAGCCAUCUCUAAGAUGGCUCAAAUGAGUCUAUGGUGGGCCAGCACGUGAAAUUAUACAGGAAUUUGUCUUUGUAGACACAUCAAUCAGAAAUGACUGGCUCUCUUUCUCUGUUGGGGUUAAUCCAAUAUCUUUGUUGUGAAAUCAUUUGUUAGGGUUGCACUACUGACAACCAAGUAAUGAGUCAGUGAGAAUCAGCCAGCCUGAAGACCUUAGCAGGGGGGUGAUGCUGAGCAAAGGCCCUGAAUCAAAGGUAACACCUCUGUCUUUACAUCUAUGCAGUGCUAAAUUCUCAGCCUAGGAUCUUUUUGUUCAUAAUGUGUCAUUGACUUUCCUGUUAUGAAAUGGGAAAGUUGUCUCUUUUAGAGAGUUUACUCAUUUUUGAGUAUAAUUUGUGAGGACAACCCUUGCGCUUAAAUUACAUGUCCUUUUCUAGCACUGGAGCGCACCAGUGUGGCCCAAGAGAUUUUAGAUGCCAAGUACUUGUCACCAAGAUUUACUUUGAGCUCACAGGAAGUCGAGCAGCCAAGCUGAUAUACAAUACAUAUUGUAUCUGCAGACCAACAAACCACUAGUGUUAUAAUUUCGCACUCGAGCACAUCCGUAAUACAGUUGACUUUCAAUGACUGUGUGCGGAAAUGGAAAUUUGAGCUCGAGCGUGUGUGCGUCCUUGCCACACUGCCAAAAAAGUGAGCGGUCUCCUAAAGCCAAAUCCUUGAAAAUGUACAGAUAGGGUCAACAGAUAGUAACACUUAAUUCAAGCCAAAACAUCACAUGUAAAGGAGUCCAAUUAGACGCAGAGUUACGUAUGUCUGCCACACAGUCUAUAUAAAUGUUUAAAUAGUCUGAUGUCUGGUCACUAGCAUCUAAUCAGAAAAAAAAGAAAUACUCAGCAAGCUAAAGUUGAGAUUUCUUCUGCUAGUGUGGGAUUUCCUGCAAAAUCCAGAGCUCACUGUGUAUGUGCCAGAUUUUUUUUCCCCUUAAUUUUUUGUACCAAAAAAAGCCUCCCUCUGCUCUGAUUUUCAUGUUCUUUUCAAUCUGUCUCACCAAAGUUGACCGAAGUCUCCCCCCUGCCCCCCCGCCACUCUCACAGUCCUCUCCUUCUCCCUCCUGCUCACUUUUUUCCCUCCCUCCGCUCCUGGACGGUACACAAAGGGAGGUGUAAUCUCACUCCAUCCCCCUUACCUCUUUCCUGAGGAAUUUGGUUUCACGUUAAAUGUUUUUCUUUUCUCUUUUUUUCCGAAAGAAAGCUCAGAGGUCUAAUUGUUACACGUUUCAACUGGCUCCUCAUCUCCAUUUUACAUUGGGCCCUGUGUCAGUCUGCAGGGAGUUAGUUUACUGGAAAGCUCCAUGCUUUACUCUUUUUUGCAUACCCCAUACUAGCGCUCUUUAAAUGUUGAAGGAAAGUUCAGAUUUAUAUCUACCCCUACCACAAGUGUUUGUAAACAUACACAGACAUUCACAAUCAGUACCUUAUGCACACGGAAGCAUACCCACAUGUAUGGACAAUACAAACACACAUGAUAAAUGCAUGAUGAGUCAAAAGCAGUGGAUUUGCGCUGUAUAUCACUGUUGAUUGAUCCCUCUCUCUCUCUCUCUCUCUCUCUACACCUCUCUGCUGCUCUCUCUGUCUUUCUCUCUCUCUUGUACUCUGUCCCAGUGUUUGUCUGUCUUUAUGUCCGCCAAGCCAGUGGAACCAGACACCAGUGUCCAGAUUAGAGACUGUUGACUCAGAGAGUGCUCCGUAACCCAACCUGGCCCGUGUUGAUGGUCAGGCAUUUCAGAGUUGGUUCACUCACGCCAAGUGUGGGAUCGAGUGUCCCUCUAAUUAAUGCCUCCGAUUUCUUCUGUUGCUUUUUUGCUCAUUUGUCUUCGUGAUUUUUCCAGAUUCAAGCCCUUAAACGGUCCGGGGGCUCUUGCUCUCAGACACACCAGCAAGCACGUACAGUACUGUACACCAGUGCACAUGCACUUAAUAUCCUGCUAAGGACAUUGUGUGAACAUAUACUCAGACCACACACACACACACACAUCCAUACACACACCACGUCUGCACAUUGUCUCUUUCUCUCUCUCUCUCUCUCUCACACACUCACACAUUACACAUACACACACACACACACACACUACAUAUACAGAUAUGUUAUCUCUAUAUUUAAAUAAAUGGCGGAAACACACACACACACUCACACACACUUGCCCACACUGCUCAGGGAAACACACACGUCUCCUGGACUGAGGAAAAAUCUUUUUUUAAAAUUGAUUAGAUAUCCUGUUUCUCAGCUGUCAUGUCUACCCUUAUCAUGUUACCAUAACUCUUCUUACAAAGGUACUGUUUUGUUUUGGGGGGGGUUUCCUGAGGGGGCAAUAGUGUGACAGAUAUGAUUGAAAGCCUGACAAGCUAUAUACACAGACACACAUGCAUGUACACACACACAGUCUAAUUGUACUGAUAUGUAUAACCUUACAGAAAGAGCUAUGUUUCCAAACACUCACAUUCACUGUAAUUCACUCACCAUGGGCCACCCAUUCAUUUACAAGCCUUCAGCCAAGCCUGCGGUAAUAUCAAAUGCUCUGUUAUUUCUUUGCUUUGCCCCACUGACAAAAAGGCCAUUCUUAAUCCAUAAGUGCACCCAGGUCUGUGUGUAAGGCCAGAGAUAUGGAAAUAUGAUUUCCAUUUCUCAGUUUGCAUGUCUGUGCGACCUUGCUGGUGUAACCGUAGCUGGGAGACGGUUUGAGACAGAUAUAGCGAUGAAACUGGAAACUGUUGUAGUGACUGCGGUUCCUGACAGACGUGGGAGACUGUGGGAGACAAUGACACCAGCUUUUGUUGUGUGGCAGAAAUAUCUGUGUGUGUCAUUGUGUUCGUGUGUGUGUGUGUGUGUGUGUGUGAUUGUGUGGCUUACCUGACCGCAGACUGACACUGCCCUUGACUGAUGUAGAUAGUGAGACUCCACAACUGAUGUUCUCCCCCAUCUUGCUCAAGCUGCUGACUCAUACUGUAGACAUGUGCAUAACCUUUGAAUCACACUUGAUGUUUGUCCAUGUCACAUUCAUAAAAAGACUGGUGCCCACUGAUGUUUCUGAAGUAAAAGCACAUCACAGAUUAGCAUGGUUGCAGGACUACAACUACAUGAGUUGCAAAUGCUGUAGUCCUCAAUGGUUUUUGCAUGGUAUUUUUCUUUGAAAAUAGAAAAGAAAAGAAAAGAAAAAGACCAUAUUGCAAAAAGGCAACAAAGCUAUAGCAGUCUGGUCAAGCCCCUAAGAAUGAGGGCAUUAGCAAAGAAUGUGGUAAUAUGGCAACAUCUCCAGCAGGUGUCAGUGUGGUUAUAUUCUGUGUUUUAACAACGUACCCGAAAAGAAAAAAAGUGAUUUAAAAACAUGGGAAACUAUGUUCCUAGGCAUAUUACAUACAAUGGCAUAAGGAUUGUCCAUGGGAUACGGUGGGACUGCCAAUUACAUGUGUGAGCCACAAACAAGAGCUCAUAAACAUCAUAUGGGUUGAAGUGCGUAAUGUACAGCAUGUGAGUGCACAUGUUAAAGAGUUCAUGAUUGGGUCAAAUGUGCCAAUGUGAAAAUGUACAAAUGCACAUCUUUGCAAGUCUGUAAUUAGGGAGAACCUAUUCUUACUCUUUUGACACAUGCACACACUUACGUACCAACAUAUAUAGAGAGAAAAAACAAUACCAGCACUACCAGUUAUAUUCUCAUCUUUCAGAACACUCUAUUAAGCAUUUUGGAAGCAUCCAGUGGUCUUGGCAUUAUUAACUUCAUAGCACCACUGAAGUGGCAUCUGUUCUAGUCCUAGCUGCGGAGGCAUCUGGCACUGAACGCAACAGUUGUUGAUUCUGUUGGUUAUUGGGAUGGGGCAUGGGAUAGACAGGGGGAGCGGCCUAGUAACUUACUCAACCAGAGAGGAUGACUACAGCAAGAGCCAGAAUUAUGCAAUGACAACUUCCUACUCUUUAAGUAUGAGGGAUUUGUGAAAAUCAAGAUAAACAACAACAAGAAAAAAACAACAAACAUUUGUAAUGUUUUAGUGUUACUUUUCAACGGUGAACAGAAAUGCUGCCUUAAAUCUCGCUUGUGCGCUCCAUAGGUCAGACAAUGAAGAAGAUGCUUGCUUGUUUAAAAUCCCACUUUGUAAAAAACAAAACUUACAAAAAAAAAUCAAAACAACUUUGUUAUCUUGCUAGUGUUGAUGUAUAGAUGCUUUUCUGUGACUUGUAUGACCCCAGAUUUUGCUAAAUCUAUUUACCCAGCUUCCCCACCCCCUCCUCACUCCCACUCCCUUCCUCUGUACAUUGACCUUGUGGUGAAUUCUCAACUUUUUUGUGUACUUGCAGAACAUUUUAUAGUAUUAUUUAUUAUUGACAAGUGUUUGCAUUUGCAAAUGAUGAAAGAGAGAGAGAGAGAGAGAGAGAGAGAGAGAGAGAGAGGUUCUUUGGACAGCACAUUUUGCUGCAACAUAGUUGCCCGGUGAAGAGUGUGUCUGUUCUUUUCUAAUUUAAAGGGAGAAAACAGCUUGAUGAGCGAAAAGAAAAAAGAAAAACUCUUGUCUUUUUAUUAUGAAGUUGUUAUAAAACUUGUUGCCAAGAUUUGCUUUACAAUGUAUCAUUUUUUUGUGUUGUAACAGUAUUUGUUUUACCCGGUGAAUUGCUUAUUGAAAAUAAUAAAUAGAGGCCCACACCAACA